UUUACAGAUAGGGACAGAGUGGAGUAAAGAGAGAGAGAGAGUGUGAAGAGAAUAGGAUUUAGGAUUAGGGUUAGGGUUUUUGAGAACAGUUGGCUUUGUUGUUUUCCUGCAAUGGAAGAGAUUACAGAUGGUGUUAACAACAUCAACAUCUCAGAUUCACAGAAAAGGAACCGUAUUCAGGUUUCCAACACCAAAAAGCCCCUUUUCUUCUACGUUAAUCUGGCUAAGAGAUAUAUGCAACAAUACAAUGAGGUUGAGCUCUCGGCUUUAGGAAUGGCUAUUGCCACUGUCGUCACAAUUGCUGAAAUACUGAAGAAUAACGGGCUGGCUCUUGAGAAGAAGAUUAUGACAUCAACUGUUGACAUAAAGGAUGAUUCUAGAGGAAGACCUGUCCAAAAAGCCAAGAUUGAGAUAGUCCUUGGGAAGACAGAAAACUUCGACGAAAUAAUGGCUGCUGCUGCGGAGGAGAAGGAGGCUAGAGAAAAUGAAGAGCAGAGCUGAACAAGAGAAUCGAGAUGUAACCUGAAAAAGAACUCUCCUAUCCUUAAGCUAGAUUUGAAUUAUGUACUCUAAAUUGAGUUAAGAUACAUAAUUUUUUGCGGAAAUGUUCUAUUUAGCUUAGAAUCUGUUGUGAAAGGAAUUUGCGUCCGGCAUCUAUA